AUGUCUGACAAGAGAACCACCGAGAAGGUUGGCAACACCAAAUGGGGCAAUGAACCUCAUGAAGCCCUCGCCGUGGGCCUCUACAACGUUCUGAUCGCCCAAGGUGUUAGCCUGGCUAACAGCAAGGAUAUUGUGGUCGAUACCAUGGCUCGCAUGGGUUCGCCUUUCACUUGGGAGGCUAUCCGUAGUCGAGUCGAGUCGAGAUCCUCGUUGGCUAGUGCCAUAACCUGGAAAUUCUGUUUGUUUGCCACACCACACACUCACAACACAAUACCGACACCAACACCAAUCGCCGACAUGGUUCGCUGGGAUAAUCAGUCCAACUCGGACCUCCUCACCUGCUUGUAUGACGUCUACAGCAAGGAGAUGGGGAGGGAAGUCCAGGCGCAGAUCGUGGACAAGAUGAAGAGUAAGGGCCACGAGGACGUCAACUGGGACAAGAUUCGGCUGUGA